AUGGACGGUAAAAGAAAGAUAAAUACGUUUAGGACUAGGGCGUCGCCGCAUAACGACGCGCAUGGGGAUCGCCUUAACCCUGCGACAAGUAUGCGAGGGCUACCGGGCCCCGUGCGAGCCCGGCUAAAGACGUUAGCACCAACUACGAAGAUUCGCUUUGCAAACUGGAACAUUGGCACGCUUACGGGACGCUCCGCAGAACUUGCGGCCAUACUUGCCAGGCGUAAAGUGGCAGUGGCAUUCCUGCAGGAGACACGGUGGAAGGCCAACAGGAGCCGGAAUAUUGGGCACGGCUACAAGCUGAUAUAUACAGGCUCCUCUGGUGGAGAGAACGGUGUGGCAGUGGUGCUCGCCGAGCAUUUCCACGAUAGCGUCUUGGAAGUUAGACGCAUAUGCGACCGACUUGUUUACGUCGGCUGCAGCGACGCGGAUAAAACGCUGUUUUGGGAUCGGCUCGGAGAUGUACUACGUGGCAUACCGUUGUACCACGAUGUCGUUUUGGGUGGCGACCUGAAUGGUCAUGUGGGCGAGGUGCAGGGGGAGUAUGAACGUGUCCACGGCGGCUAUGGUUACGGCCGAAGAAACGCAGAGGGGGAAACCAUUCUCAGAACCUGCACUGCAGCUGACCUGGCCGUGGUGAACACGUUCUUCAAAAAGAAAACCGAGCACCUGAUUACCUACAGGAGCGGUCGGAACGCCACUCAAAUCGACUAUCUACUGACCAGGAGAAGUCAUAUCAGUCGCCUGGCCAACUGUAAGGUCAUACCCGGUGAGUGUCUCACUGCCCAACACCGACUUCUUGUCAUGGACCUCUGCGUAAAACCCCGUCGCAGACACGCCGAACGUUGCCGCCGUCAAAUCAAGUGGUGGCUGCUGGAUCAAACCAGAUACUCAGAGUUUGACUCUGCCGCUGGAGAUAUUAGUCUCGACACAGCAGGCAAGUCCGUCCAAGAGUGCUGGAAAACCAUUCAGACAGCAAUCACAAAGACGGCAAAGCAAGUUCUCGGCGUGGCGAAAGGGGGCCGCGAAAUCGACAAGGAGACCUGGUGGUGGGACGCCACAGUCCAGGGUUCAUUACGGGAGAAGAAAGCGCUCUUCAAGACGUGGCAAGUGACCAAAUCUCCUGAAGAUCGCGCAUCUUACAAGACUGCGAAAAGAGCUGCCAAGAAAGCUGUAGCCAGAGCCAGGCGUGACCACUUGCAACCAUUAUAUGCUAAGUUGGACACUCCUGAGGGGCACAAGCUCAUAUAUAAACUGGCGCGCUCUAGGGCCAAAGCAGCGCAAGAUAUUACUCGCUGCUGCAGCGUCAACGGCCCUAAUGGCGAGCUCCUGUACGAUGAUCGUGCGGUGAAGGAGAGAUGGCGCUCUUAUUUCCACGUUUUGCUGAAUACUCAGCACCGGGAAGUGCACCCUCCCGAACAACUCCCGAACCAUGGACUUGUGCCACCGAUUACGCCUGACGAGGUCCUCGCAUCUCUUCGUCACAUGGAGAAUCGGAAAGCUGUCGGACCGGACGAGGUGCCAAUUGGAGCGUGGAAAGGGCUCGUGGUGUGUGCAUUCUUACUAACCUUUAUAAUAGAAUCCUGA